AUGGCUUCGAAUUCAGUUUCGUUUGUGGUGAAUCCGCAAACUCCAAACAGGACCAAAUAUCCCUCAAAUGAGCUUUCUACCGUGUCAUCGUCUUCGUCCACGCGCUCAUUUGAGCCGUCGUUGGCACAACAGAACGUCAACCUUGCAAACCUGGAUUUCCAUUCGCUCAGAGCAAGACACAGCAGAAUAAGAAGAGCCCCGUCUACGGGUGCUGCUUUGGAAGCAGAGAACGCGAACGGUCACACCCAGCACCAGAGAUCGCCGCUACAUCCGUCCAGAACCAGUCCAGACCACCGCGGAAGCGUUUCAUCAGAUAUCUUGGACUCGUCGAGCGAGUGGAUUCUUUUUUCUCCUGGCCAGUCGGAACACGGAAAACCGUCCGAUGAUCCGUACUACGAUGAUUUGCUAAGCACGACCGCAGACCGCACCUCAAGACAAACAACUAAUGAAGAGAGCUAUGUCGACAUCGAGCGGGAGGAGAACGAUGACGAUGACGACUCGCUGAUCGAUGAUCUGCAGGACCAUAUCGACUCAAACACUCCUUACAAGAAGGAGGAUCUUAAUUCGAGAAUAGACAGCUGGAGACGGCAGCAGGUUUCUGUGUUAUUACACGAUCUUUCAGGAGGCCAGUCGGAUCUGGACAACGACGCCAUGGAUCUGAUCAAGGCCUGGGGCGUGGACGACUCCACGUUUUCCAACCUCCACCAGCUCCAGGGCUCCAACCUCCAUAAGGCAACCGCCAUUAAUAAGUUUUACGGAGACGGCAUUUUGUUGAGCUAUUCAAGUGAGGACUUGAUUGUUUUGAAGCGUGUGUUGGAGGAUCUAUCCACGUCUUUGAGGAAAACCGUCAGAGCCAAGCGCAGACGUUCUUCUGUUCCGCAGAUGCCAACACGCACCGUCUCCACGUCGACCAUUACGACGAUGCACACACAGACCGCAAAGAAGCGCGAUAGUGAUCAGUUCAUGAACAACAAGAGUCUACAGAAGUACAUCCCCUUCUUUUUGAAGAACUUGAUCAUCACGUCCGAUCUUCUUCCGCAAUUCGAGCAGUUGGACGACGAGACAGAUACCGAGGACAACAGCAAGAAGGACGUCGAGACUGGGCCGAUGGCCCCGUACAUUUCUGCCCGCAAAGAGAGUCUGAUCUCCAAUUUAUCCGAAGGGGUGGUGGUAUCCGCCAGUGACGACAGCGAGAGCAGGUCCCGUCGUCGUCGGAGACACCAGAGCAGCAACGACAACUUUUGGGAGACGUCCGAUCUCAAGAGCGCCAAUUCGAGUAUUCUCACGUACUCCACCGGCAGCAUUUUAGGAUUUUAA